AUGGAAAAGUCGGGGACCCUGCGGGCGCGCCUGCAGGGGCACAGCGCGGGCAAAGACGCAGCGCACAGGUCUGUGGAGAUCACAAAUCGCAAGGCCUGGGUUGCCGUGGCAGCGGUGGCAGUGGUGGCAGAAGCCGGUCUGGCCUGCCGGCGGGCGCGGAACACUCCUGCAGUCCGAGUCCCUCGAGGACCUCGCCGCGGCGGGCGGGCCAGCGCCAUGGCCGCCAACUGGUUCACGGGCGCUCCCUUCGGGGUGCAGAGCCACAGGUUUGACGUCUCUGCUGUCUAUCCCAACUAGAAGAAGGUCAGCACCUUCAGGGAGGCCCCGUACUCCAGGGUUUACUCUGUGGACGCGUCCCACAUAAGACCUGGGACCUAUGGCUGCAAGGACACCUGCUUCAGCACCAAGAAGUUGAAGAAGGAGGUGGGCACAGGCUGCGCCAAGGCCCAGGAAGCCACCCGGCUGACGCAGCUGGCCCACUUCCAGUACCGGGCCAUCCUGAAAGAGAAGCGGCAGCAGAAGGAAGAGCUGGGGCCUGGCUCCUACAACUCCAAAGACUUCUUAGAAGAGUUGCAGGAACCGGGCAGCACCCAGGGGCUGCUCAGCUCUGGGGAGUUUCACUUCCGAGGACUCGUUGAGAACUACUAUCUAGGCCCUGGAAAUUAUGGGGAGAAGGGCAACCCAUACACGAAGCUGGAGGAGGGUGCCUGGAACUGGUCUCCUUCCAAGGGCCUCAGGUGCAGGAUGACCAACAAACCGCCCCCCUUGGCUCAUCAGAGUGGCAUCGAGGCGUACCUGGCACGAUCCAUGGGCACCCGCGUCCUCUAUGACACUUUCUCUUGUGACCGAAGCAAGCCCCAGCCUUAUGGACAUUACUCUGUGCAGAAAAAACGGCCCAGGGAACUGAUGAAUUUCAAGAGCUUCGUGGAAGAACUUAACUCAUGUCACAAUAAGAAGCGUGGACAUGGAGUUUUUUCAAAAGUUCUCCGCAACCCGGAAGCCCCUCCAGAAAGAAUUUAUUGGGCCACCCUUAGCCAGUGUCCCCCAAAACUAGUCACGUCUGGUCCCAGUAAGUGGCUUCCUCCGGAGAAGGAAUGCAAACACAUCAACCAACCACCAUUCCUGCUGUCUCCCAAGCGGAUAGGCAUAAAGGCCUCCCAGAUGAUUCUGGGGACCUGGCGUUCUGGAGGGGAAAGAAUCACACCUUUUACUAGGGGGAAGUGCCCUCCAACUGUGGAUUACAAUUCAGAUCCUAUUCCUUAA